CAUUGGUCCACUCUCCUCCUCUCCCUGCAUUUAACCUGGUCUAUGUUCAUUGUUCUCUACUGGUUCCUCACGUCAUGCAAGCCAUGAAAUGUCACGUCUCUCCUCGAGCUCCUUGUGUUUUCCUGCAUUGUGCUAGCAGAGUAUUUCAUCUGUGAAUCUCCAGCGAACUUGUAAGCCUUUUAAUGGUCAGGCACUGAUAAACAACGCUGUGUCCAACAUCAUUUGCUGUUGGUGUUUGGGAAUUGAUUUGAGUACAAUGACAAGCAGUACCAGACUAUUCUUCAGUACUUCAAUGAGAUCGUUCACUUACAGGGAGGUUUGUCAGUUCAGAAAUUUGAAUCAAAGAACACAGAGAGAACCUUGACCCCUCAUCUCCAAGAGACUACAUUGACUCCUGCCUGAUAGAAAUGGGAGAGAAAGAAAACAAAGAUUCUGGUUUUGAGCUCAGCGAUUUAUGUGUCUGCACUCUGGACCUGUUUGCUGCUGGAACUGAAACUACCACUACGACUUUACACUGGGGGCUGCUGUACAUAAUCUACUAUCCUGAUAUACAAGGCCUGUUUAUAAAUACUGCUAUGCUUUUUCUACCAUCUUUAAUUACCUAUAAAUUGCGUGUCCAGGCUGAGAUAGAUGCUGUGAUUGGUCCAUCCAGGCAGCCCUCUGUGUCUGACAGAGACAACAUGCCCUACACCAAUGCAGUCAUCCACGAGAUACAGAGGAUGGGUAACAUCGUUCCACUUAAUCUAGCCUGCGUUGCAAACAGUGACACCACAUUGGAUAAAUACUCUAUCCCAAAGGUAAGCGUGUGUGUCUUGGAGAGCAGCUGGCCAGGAUGGAGUUAUUCCUUUUCUUCACCUCCCUCCUUCAGAGGUUUACAUUCUCAGCUCCUGCUGGAAAACAGCCAAGCUUGGAGUUCAGACUGGGAGCUACUCGUUCUCCCAAGCCUUACCACCUCUUAGUUACACCUCGUUAAAAUGAGCACAGUUUCUCUUCUAAUGUAUAAAAUAUGGAGAGAAAUGGAUGUGGACAAUGUGCCUGCUGUCAAUUCUCUGAAUAUUAAAAUAAAGUGUGCAAUGUUUUUUUUUUAUAGAUUAGAGUGUGAGAUCUCCUUUUAUGAAAUCAGUUUGACAAUCACAAUUAGGUACUGUGGAGUAAGUUCAACAUCAUCAAAUUUCAUGGCUUUACAAAUAAUUUGCCUUAAAAUAUAUAUUGUACUUAACUGAAUAUUUUUAAAUCAAUCAGUUCAAAAACCACUAUACAUCAAUCCCAUAUUAUCAUAAAAAUCUGAUUUGUGUAUAUACAGAAAAUGUCAUAAAAAAAACGCUAUCAUGAAUUAAACCAGCCAAUUUUAAAAGUUUGAUAAAAGUAUUAACUAUAUUUCAUGUUUACGUUUAAACUUAUUUGGUCUGUGAAAAAUUUAGAUUUUUUAGAAUUUUUGACUGAAAAAGAUAAAGAAAAACAAAAACAAAGAAUACUUCCUUUUGUUUGGAAGCAUUUAGUUACCAAGAAGAGACACAGCCUGUGGCCAGAGACCAGGGUGGGGUGGGGUGAUUGGGGCUUUUGAGUCCUAACAACCAGCAACCAAUCACUCAAGAAUUAAAAGCAACAAAAUAAAAUUCAACAACAGCCAACCAGUAGACCAAAUUGAUCCAAAAAGCUUGAAUAAGAAAAAAUAAAAAUAAAAGCUGUUUGAAAAAGCUUUAAUAGAUAGGCAAGUAGUGGAGAACAAACUGGGUGAGAAGUGAUUUAAGUACACAGGCUCCAGCGAGUUAUGCAACUGUUUCCCUCUCCGAGCCUUUUAACACAACAUGAGAAAAAAUGCAGGAGUUGAGUUCCAGCUGGUUGCAGUGGGAGCAAAUAUGCAGUAUGUGGUAUGCAAGACACAUGAGAGGCUGGUUGAUUUAAACAAAACACUUUUGACAAAUGUUUUUCUACAGCUGUAUUAAAACAUCUAUGUUUGAAAUCAGUGUAAUGCGAUCUGUAUGAAGGUGAGAGUUUACAUAAACCUGGUUAUUCACAGCUCAUUCACAUAUUCUCUGUUACCGUCAUAUGUUGGUGUUAGGUGACUGAGUUUCUUUUAUGUCUGUUUCUUCAUUUCCUGUUAUUUAUACUCCCUUAUCGUUGCCAUUUUAAUUAAUUUCUUUGUUUACUUAAUGCCUAGUUCAUUAUUGUGUGUUUUUAUGCUUAGAUUUGUGUGUAUCUCUGUCUCCUGUUUAUUUUCUUCCUCAGUCUCCCUGCGCUCCUUCUGUCCCAGCUGCUCCAUGUGUCAUCUGAUUAUUCACACCAGCUUUUUGUGCCUCUCUCCCAUUUUUUCCUGUAUGUUAGAACUCUGGUUUUCUCAUCUCAUUGUUGAAUUCUACUGUUUUGGUUGCCUGUUCAUGCCCAUGUUUUCAUGUCUUUUUUAUGUCCGUGCUCUACGCUUCACUCACCUUGUGCCUGACUUUGUGUCUUUGCAUUUUUUGUUAGUAUUAAAACUUUCACCAUACCAUACUC